CUUCCUCUUCCGGGUCCCGCUGCCACACGCGACCGGGCAAAGAUGGCGGCCCCACUGUGGCGGCAAUGCCAGAGGUGGAUAGUCAGCAGCGCCGGGACGAGGCUACUAGAACCACAGUGGCGAUAUGGCGUUAGGCCGGCCUCCGUCUCUGCUGUGUCUGGGGGGCGGGCGAGCAGGAGCUCCGGGCCGGGUGAUGAGCUCUCAUUACAACCCAAGCAGAGGGUCCUGCAGGGAUACACGUCAUCUCUCGCCAGACACAAACCCCGGUUGUUGUAUCCUUCAUGCUCCUGUAGGAAUAUACACAGCGACGCCAAGUUGAAAGACCCCUUCACGUUAGCCCAAAAAGAUUUAGCGAGUUUAUAUGACGACAUCAAAAAGGAGCUGUUUGUGUCCAAAGAAGAGCUCAAGUCUUUAUGUGACUACUACUUUGACGGCAAGGGCAAAGCCAUCCGGCCUAUGAUUGUGGUCCUGAUGGCACGUGCUCUCAACAUCCACAGCAACAGAGCAGGGGACUUGCUCCCAGGCCAGCGUGCCGUCGCCAUGAUCUCAGAGAUGAUCCACACGGCCAGCUUGGUGCACGACGACGUCAUUGACGGCUCGGACAAGCGGAGGGGGAAGAGGACCAUCAACAAUGUGUGGGGGGAGAGAAAGGCCAUCUUAGCAGGAGACUUCAUCCUGUCAGCCGCCUCCAUGGCUCUGGCUCGCAUUGGGAACAUCACCGUGGUCAAAGUGUUGUCUCAGGUCAUCGAAGACCUCGUCAGAGGUGAGUUCAUGCAGCUGGGCUCCAAGGAGAACGAGAACGAGCGUUUCAAGCACUACCUGGAGAAAACCUUCAAGAAGACUGCCAGCCUGAUCGCUAACAGUUGCAAAGCAGUAUGUACGUUCUGUCUCAUAAUUUCUACGCUUCAUCCCUGCUUCCUGUUUUUUUUUAUACAUUUGUCCCUCGCCCUCAAGGUUUCAAUCUUGGUCAAUUCCGAUCCGGACGUUCAUGAAAUAGCGUACCAGUACGGGAAGAAUGUUGGCAUCGCUUUUCAGCUGGUGGACGACGUGUUGGACUUCACCACAGGCGCCAGUCAGCUGGGGAAGCCCUCGGCGGCGGACCUCAAGUUGGGCUUAGCCACGGGACCAGUUCUCUUUGCUUGUCAGCAGUUUCCUGAGCUACACGCCAUGAUCAUGCGUCGCUUCAGCUCCAAAGGAGAUGUUGCCCAAGCCUGGCAGUACGUCAUCCAGAGCGACGGCGUGCAGCAGACCAACUUCCUGGCGCAGCGCUACUGCCAAGAGGCCAUCAGACAAAUCAGCAUGUUGCGGCCCUCGGCGGAGCGGGAAGCCCUAAUCAGGCUCACCGAGAUGGUGCUCACCAGAGACAAGUGACGCCUCACAUUGUGGCAGCUAACGCCCUCCUACUGCCUUGGCUACAGCGAGGCAGGACAUCAGUGUGAAGACGUCAAUCAAUGACGUCCUGUGACUCUUUCUACCUCUACCAACGUACACCAGAGUGAGUCGCAUCAACGUACAUGCGAGGCACACAGUACACAAUACAAGGCAGGUGUACAAAUAAUGUGUAAGUGUGUGUUUAUUGUUAUUUAAAUAGUCAAGGAAAUAUUGGCAAAGCACUGAGCUAUGAUGCCGCGUACUGUACUGUAACCCAAAUGUGUGUACUUACCAAACCCGACCGAAGCUUGUCAUGCACACUUGAAAGGAUCAUUAUUAUGUCAUGUGCUCCGCCAAGUGUCCUGCAACAAUAACAGCCUUAAUAUAUGCAAGUACUGCUCAAUAAAAACACAUUUUUUCCAUACCUGUCAUUACCUCCAUAUGUUCAGUUAGAACACCCAAUCAAUUACCACAUGUUGUUGUACAUAUAAUUGUUUAUUAUAAAAGGCUGUACAUUAUUUUUAAUCAACAUAUUUUACAUACAAAUGAAGGGCAGAGAAAUUUCACUAUCCAAGACACCGAGUAUGAAUUUGUUGGUUGGAAGAUUCACAAAAGCAAAAACAAAAAAUGUGACAAAACGAUACAAGGCAUGGUCUGAGAUGGCAAACACCUGAGUGGGAACUUACGAGAUUUUAUCAUGGCAGCACAUCAAGUUAUUUAAAAAGAGUGUUUGUUUAAUUUAAGAAUUUUCUUCAAACGCGGAAUGUUUGGGUGCUUAUUCACAAAUGUAAUAAAGCUUCCCCCCUCUAUCGGCAUGUAUUUUUUCUCUAA